GCUCUGCGCCAUGUCCAACGACCCUCCGCCACCCUACCCCGGAGGCCCCUCGGCACCUCCCAUAGAGGAGAAGCACGGCCCGCCCCCCACGACAGAUGGCAUCUCCCCAGCCGGGGGGCAGCCCCAGGGGGUUCCUGUCCCCCCACCUGAAUUUGGGCCCCCUCCCUACGAGCCGCCCUCGCAGCCAGGCUUCGUGCCCCCCCACAUGCCCACGGACAGCUCCGGAGCCUUCGUGCCGCCCGCUGGUUAUUACCCACCGCAGGGGCCUUACCCGCCCAUGGGCUACCACCCUGCCCCGGGCCACUACCCAGCUCCUGGUGGCCACACAGCAACUGUGCUCGUCCCGUCGGGGACGACCACCACAGUGACCGUGCUGCAAGGAGAGAUAUUCCAGGGUGCCCCGGUGCAGACGGUGUGUCCCCACUGCCAGCAAGCCAUCACCACCAAGAUCACCUACGAGAUCGGGUUCAUGAGCUUCCUCCUCGGCUUCCUCUGCUGCUUCGUCGGGUGCGAUCUCUGCUGCUGCCUGAUUCCCUGCCUGUUCGAUGACUUCAAGGACGUGACGCACACGUGUCCCAACUGCAAGGCCUAUAUCUACACGUACAAACGCAUGUGCUAACAGCACCCCGGGAGCCCGAGCCAUUGGAAUGACACCAGCCCCUCUCCUGCUGCCAUGCUAGUCUA